AUGAAGCACCACCACCACCACAGCAGCUCGCGGCGCGGCGCAGGCAGUGCUGCGACUGCCGUCCAUGCGCCCGGCUGGGUGGAGGGCAUUGCGGCGCUCAGCGACUCCUCGCCCGCCACGGCCCUCAUGGUCGAUUCCCCCAGGAACCCCGGCGCCGCCGCGCCGCUGCCCAGCGGCGUCGCGCCCGACUCGGCCGCGCUGCUGGACCACGCGGCUGAGCUGCUGGCGGCCGAGGUGGAGGCCAUGGGAGAGCUCACGCUGCAGCUGGGCAUGCCGGGAGCAGGCUGGGGACCCGCACCCCUGGGGCCCGCCGCGCUCGCGGCCGCGCUCGAGCGCCUGACGGCCGCUGCGGACGCUGCCGGCGCGGACCUGACCGUGCUGCGCCAGCGCCCGCUGCCCCCGGACGUCCUGGCCGGCACCAGCGCCGGCGCCGCGGGCGCGCUGUCGCCGCGCGGCGGCAGCGGGGGCGGCGAGGCGGGCGCGCCCGUGUCCGGCGGUGCGCCGGCUGGCAGCGCAGACGCGGCUGCUCAGCAGGAGGGGUGCGGUGGCUACGUGCUGGCCGACGUGUUGGUGCGCCAGCGGUCUAAGCCGCGGCCUCCCCUGGAGGUGCGCGUGGCUGUUGUCGGCAACGUGGACAGCGGCAAGAGCACACUGGUGGGGGUGCUCACGCGCAGCACCCUGGACGACGGCCGCGGCCUGGCUCGCAGCAAGGUGUUCAAGCAUCAUCAUGAGGAGACCACGGGCCGCACCAGCAGCAUAGGCCAGCACAACCUGUGCCUGGACUCCCAGGGCGGUGUCCUGAACGACCAGAUGUUCCGCAACAGCAGCUGCUCUGACUACGUGGCGCGCAGCUCAAAGGUCAUCACGCUCGUGGACCUGGCGGGUCAUGAGAAGUACUUCAGGACCACCGCCUACGGCCUCACUGGGCACCUCCCAGAUUACGCAUGCAUGAUGCUGGGGGCCAACAUGGGUGUCGUGGGCAUGGCCAAGGAGCACCUGGGCGUGGCUCUGGCCCUCAAGGUGCCGGUGUUCUUCAUCGUCACCAAGACAGACAUCUGCCCGGAGCACGUCCUCAAGCAGACCCUGGCGUCCCUGGCCUCCAUCCUGCGCAAGCCAGGGGUGCGCAAGCGGCCCUUCCUGGUGCGCUCCAUAGACGACGCACUGCUGGCUGCACGCGUGAUGGGGGCGGAGGCGCUGGCGCCCAUCUUCCUCACGUCAGCUGUCACAGGGGCCGGCCUGGACCUGGUGCGCCUGUUCUACAGCCUGCUGCCCCAGCGCCAGCGCUGGGCCGAGCUGCGCGGCGAGCCGGCCAUGUUCAUCAUCGACGAGGUGUUUGGCGUGCCUGGGGUGGGCACGGUGGUGGCGGGGACGCUCAAGAGGGGGGUGCUCACGCCGGCCAGCAGCCUGCUCCUUGGGCCAGACAUUGCGGACGGCAGCUUCAAGAGAAGCACGAGUUGA